GAGCGUGAUCGAUUUCAAACGGUCCACAAACCCGACAUCAACCGAAAGUCUCCAGUUACUCCCGAUCCGGCCCCCAUUGAAGUGUGUUGUAGUCGGGGUUGGGGGUGAUGGGGUGGACCUGAUUAAUGAAAUAAAGAAAAGAAAAAAAAGGAGAUUUCCAGAAAGCUUCCCUCCUGAGCCCCUCCCUCCCACCCUGCCUGCUGCUUUUUCGGCUUUUCGUCUUGGCUAAGGUAAUUAUCAUCAUCCAAUUAUACUUGUGUGUUUGAUCUUUUUUGUCUUUUUUUUUCUCUCUGUGUGUUUUAUUCAAUCAGGGAGGUAGUGGGUUAAAUCCUGCAGCUUUCCUCUGAUGUUUGGAGUGUUUGCUGGUGCUGAUCGGUCCCAUACGGUUGAUUCAGAUCAGGGCGUGAAACCUGCUGUAACGAAGGGAAGGCGAGUGGGAUGGCAAUAUUAACAGACAUUUUUACCCAGAAUAGUUAAAAAUGAGACGUAUCCUUGCGUAUGAGACAAUGAGAAACACGGAAAAACCCGAAAGAAAACGAUUAAGUCUCAAUAGGCAACAGGGAUUAUUUCAUGUGUGCACCGAAUGGCCUCUUUCUUCCCACCAGUUUGGGGAGAAAAUGGUAAAUCCACGUAUUUUACUCAGUGUAGCUGGUGUUUAACGCACUAUAAGAUACUGCAAUGAUAGUGUGCUUCUUGUCCAAGCUGUGGUGCAUUAUCCUGUCCUGUGUGUGGGAUAUACCCGCCUGUGCUGAGGUAUUUUCUGGUGGUUACGGUUUUGGUUACGCAAUGCUGUUGUGCGCUACGGCACACUUAAGACGCUGACUAAGUAUUUGCCACUGUGAGGGGUCUUUUAAAGGAGUGCUACAUGCAGCCUGGGCUCUUCCCUUCUUAAUCUGCCUAAUAAAUCAAAUUUAACCCCUUUAUUAAAUGUGUGUGAUUGAGGAGCUGGAAAAUUCUUCAUGCCAGGGUACACAAAAACCGAAUCCAGCAUCAGGGUAUCUCAUCUCCUCAUUACUCAUUCAUUGUCCUUCAUUUCCUCCAUCUUCCAUCCGGACAUCCCUGGAACGGGACAACCCCCAUUCAUGCUGGUCGUGACACACCCUUGGUGCACCAGCAGCUGCCUCCGGCUGUGAGUGGGAGAGGAGGGGACAAUGGGUGGAGGUGAAGGUGGAGAUGCAGGUGCAAGAAAUGAGUAGAUUCAGAGUGGGGGGCACUUUUAUAUAUGACAUAGUUAAGGAUUGGAGUAUGUCAAGAACGGACAGAGUAACAGGGGUUUAUGUGGUCCUGUUUAAAGAGGGAAUUAAAGGGAUAUUCUGGCGUAAAAUUAAUUUAGGGUCAAACACACCGUAACACCAAGUUAGACACCCCCUCGAGAGAUGAAUGUUGCUGACCGCUUGCUUCUCUAGUUAUACCAACUUUAAUAACAACCACACGAUAGCAAUACACAGCGGUCUAUGAACCUCUACCAAAACGCCACUCUAUAGCCAUAAAUAAUGCUCAGAACAGCACCUAACUUCAUCAACAGGACAUAUAGGGUCCCAGCCAUAGUACUAACCACCAAACAUCUUUUUAACUUUGUCUGAUUUCUUUAGCAAAAAGACAAAACACAACUCACCUACUCUCUUCCAGCAGCCGUUUGUUUGAAGCGAGACCUCGGGCCAGUCCAUUACGGACUACAGUGGGGUCAUGCAGCUCAAGAAGGAACAUUUUUGAUCAUUUCUUCAUGGAAAUACAAUCAGACUGAGACACUAAGGCAGAAGAACUACCGCGUCUGCUGUGCAAAAUGAUUAAUAUGGUGAUUAUUACUUCAAGGAAAUGAUAAAGAAAUGAUCAUAAAUGUUCUUCCUUGAGCUGCGUCACCCCACUGUAGUCUGUAGUGGACUGGCCCGAGGUCUCGCUACAAACAAACGGCUACUGGAAGAGAGUAGGUGAGUUGUGUUUAGUCUCUUUGCUAAAGAAAUUAGUCAAAGUUAAAAAGAUGUUUAGUGUCUAGUACUAUGGCUGGGACCCUAUAUGUCCUGUUGAUGAAGUUAGGUGCUGUUCUCAGCAUUAUUUGUGGCUAUAGAGUGGCGUUUUGGUUGAGGUUUGCUUAUGGCUCCUCAGAGCGCUGCGUAUUGCUAUCCUACAGUCGUUACUAAAGUUGGUUUAACUAGAGAAGCAAGCUGUCAGCAACAUUCAUCUCUCAAGGGGGUGUCUAACUCGGUGUUACGGUGUGUUUGACCCUAAAUUAAUUUUACGCCGGAAUAUCCCUUUAACAUAUUCAGUUUUCUCUUUUAGUAUCAGAGAAAUGCGAGUCCUGAAUAUCACGAACCGGUGCUUAAUAGGAUUUAGUCAGAAGGAUAAUGAAGUAGAAAGAUUACAAGGAAAUGACAAGUCAGAACAAGACUGAAUUGUUUCAGAUAAAUGAGAAAAAAGACAAAGAGAGGAGAAAUAUGAGAAUGACAGUGAUUCUGGGAUGAAGAAGAGGAGGAGGAGGCAGGAUGCUUUCACCCUCCUGACUUGUGAGGGGAAAAAGCUCUUGGGUCUGUCAGUCAGGAUGGACGUCUGACUGAAGAGAUGGGCUAUUAAAGAGGCAACCUCCACACCUCUCACAGUGAGAGGGCUUAGCUGGAAGUGUCCGACGGUAUUGAUCGAUCUGAUUGGUGAUGACAAAGAACAGAAGAGUUCAAUCAGAGUCAAAGCAGAGGACAACGACUUUUACUUUUCAGUUGUGCCUUGACACCAGGACACUGUUCUUCUAUUCUUCUAUUCUCGAUUCUUGCACCUGAACUUGGACAGUAAAGUACAAACUAAACAGAAAUGACUGCCAGUUAAGAGGAUUCUGAGAUUGAUUGUCGAUAUGGGUUUAAGAAAAUAUUGAUGCCGAUUUAAUUGUGGUUGUCGUCUUUUAAAACGAAGAGUUGGCAGUUCAAUCUCAGCUCCCGUUCACAUGCCAAAGUGUUCUUGGGCAAGAAGCUGAACCUUAAAAAGCUCUCAGUCACAGAGUCAGUGGGGUGUGGAUGUGUUUGGUCCUCUACAGCAUCCUCUGUGUGAAAGUGGUGUGAAAGCGGGAUGUGAUGAAAGUGCUUUUAGUGGUCGGAAACACUAGAAAAAACGCUUUCCUAUCCGAUAACAGGGUUUAUUGAACUGAACUCCUGUAUCCUGAUACGUAUUGAAACAGAAGUCUCAUCAUAAUCAUUCAAUCACAUCUCCCUUCUGAAGCAUCCAGCUCUUCUCGGCCUCAUGUAACCUUUCUACUCUAAAUACCGAGUGUUUUGUACAAGUGUCGCCACUCUGACUCUGUUGUCCAUCUCCACCUUUGAUAUCAGCUACUCUUACCAGUCCGAUUUUCUCUAUUCAGCAGCAAUCUAGAUGUAAAUCUCCCUCUAUCAAUGUGAUUUAUGCCUUUUGGCACCCUGGCACAAACAUGCAAUAAGCUAAUGGCUCUGUUGAACCUCAAAGCGGGUCCAAUCUGACCUGCUCCACGAGGCACUGAUUGGAGAAACAUGCUACAAUUACAGUGUUUCUCUAAAGGGCUAAAAGCAUUUGGAGCAGUGUUUCUGCCCACUUUAAUGCUCAGAUGUCAUUUAGAGGUCUGUUGAUGUGCAGAGAGAUGUAGAUAUGCUUUCUCCUUUCUUCCUAUAAAUGAUGGCACUCUAAUCUCUCAUCCUAACAUGCUGGCAGGAAUUCAAUGGCUCCGUAUUGUUCCCUUCUUAGAGUCUAAAAAUGCAGUGGUUUUAUUAUUCUGUGUAUCACACUGCGGGGCAACAAACAGCAUGAUAACUCUUACUUUACUUUUCAUUCAGAUCUCUGACAUUUUCUGCUCUUUGCAGGCUCAAAUUCUCAGUUUCGCACGAGCCAUUUUGGAGAAAAGACUGUCUUUUCUUGGCAGUAACUUGCAGGUUUGUUGCCAGUUUUUUGUGCUGGCAACAAACCUGCAAGUGACAUCCAGGAAGUAAUUUUCCACAGUGUCAGUGAAAACACAAACUUAUCCUACAAAGAUAGUAACUUUUUACAGAGAUUACACAAAAUAAUACGAGCAAAUAUGGGGUGAACAUAAAUUUGUUAGUCCGAUUGUCCAUACGACUCUGAAGAUGACUUUAAAAAAAAUAGGGCAUGUCCUCUGGAUAACUAGAGUAAAUGAAAAUCUGACUGGAAAAUGGAGCCCACUGACAUGGCAAGGUAACACAACUCAAAGCUCUCUAUGAUUUAGUUUUGUUUUACUGAGACUUUGAGACACUUUUUGUCUCCUAUCAGCUCAAAAUUCAUAUUUCCGUAAAGCUACACUCUUCCUAAACUUGAUUUUUAAAACAGCAAGGUUUCGGAAGAGUUAUGUUGGAUUAAUCUCCCACCCUCAAUAGUUGUCUUUAAAGCUUUUCCUUUCUGUCUCUUCCACCAUCCAUCCAUCUCAUUAUCCCACCUUGAUUACUCCACUGCUGACUCCUCCGCUCGGUCUAAUCCACUGCUGCAGUCGUGAAAGGUCAGAGAGUCAACUCACGCCAACUGGCUCUAGUCCAUGUCGUCGUCACAGGGGAUGAUCACGAACUAUUGUGUCUCUCUUACUCUGAGUUGUAAGUUCUGUCAGUUGGGCGGGUUGUUACGGAGCCAAAAUGGGGUUUUCGUGCUGCUUUUAUCUUCGCCUUUGUAAUGAAGUGUCAUUUAACACUAGCCAGGUAUGUAACAUGUAUGCUCUAGAUAUUUUAUAUUGCAUUACCAAGAGUAUGGGUCUGAACAUAUAUGCCUCAAAUAGUUGUAUUUUUAUCAUAAUGCAGGUUUUAGUGAGCCAAGAGGGCGGGUACAUAGUCCUGUGGCUCCACCGGCCUGACAUGUUUGCACAUGCCUUGGCUCCAUCAGUGAAAUACAUCAGCACACCACCUUGGCUGUAUUUUCAUAUCUUACAGAGGCAGGAUGGAGGUGCAGUGUCCUUAUUAAAACACAGUCAAUGGUCUAAACCGGCUCCUCAAUCCAACCUCUGAUAGGAAGCUGUAAACUGUAAAUUAAGGCUGUCACUUUCUCAAAAUAAUCAAGUUUAUAGAACAUCGAACAUGAAAUGCUGAUAUAGAAUAUAUUCACCUCCCACCAUCGCUGCGCCUCUGCAUGGACACUAAACAUUUAUCUCACUGCAUUUUAUUGACUUGAUCAGGAGUGAGUGCAGCUCAGUCCUGCUGAUAUUGCACACUCGCGCCUCCUCUGCUGCCUCACAGGUGAGCCUGCAGAUUUGUUCUCAUUGAAGAAUAAGACAGCUGUUUUGUGCGAAGUUUACCUGAGGUGUAGCAGCCUGAAUAUUUCCAAAAGAUGCCUCUCAGAUAAGUUGAUGUCAUGAUUGUCCACUCAGGGCGGGUUUGAAGUCAAGAGUGUCAUGCAAUGGUCAGGUAACGAUGAGAUUAGACAGUCGAGUGAUGGUAAGAGAAGAGCCCCACUGUAAAUCGAUAAAAAAGACAUAGUUAAAAGGAAAUUCAGAACAAAGGAAGAUAAAACAGAUGAAUGAAAAAAGUUUAGAAUCUUUCUUUAUUUCCUCUCAUCUCCUCCAUCCUCAUCUCUCCCACUGGCUCGGGGUCAUAUUUUGUGAUUGACUCCUCACGCUGCAGGAAACCAGAGCUGCUCCUCAGCUCACCGCACGUCUCCUGGCUUUGCUUUGAAGCUGCUCUGUCUAUAAAACUUUGUCUGAUCAUAUAUUUGGCUUUUCAGCAGUGCUAUAGAUUUUUCUGUCAGGAGGUGUUGGCAGUGCUCUCUUGGAGUUAAUUUGUGAAAUCCUGUUUGGAGAGGCAGAACUUCUCCUCAGUUUGAUCAUGUAGAUUAAAGGCGGCAUGCUCCUGCUUUACAGAUUUGUUUUUUUGAUUAAAACUGAACUUUGAUAAGACAGAUAAUCUUUACCUUAAGUAAACUGACCUCUUCAAGCAGAUCUAUGUGGGCCAGAUAAAAUCCUCUGUUCUUGUGAUGACUACGGUUAAAAUAUACCUCUUUUUAGAAAUCUUUUAUUAGAUCUUUUACAGUGACAGUCAUGCUAUUAAAAGCUUUUUUGUUUGUUGUAUAUUCUGAGUGGGUUUCUCUUUUUUUCAGAGACAGACUCUUCAAGAUGAAAGUAAUCAGCUCUGCAGUGCUCAGCACCCUGCUCUGCACCGGUAAGCACUAAUGUAAUCAGUCUCUUGGGAUGGGGUUCGGAUAAAUAAACGGUUGAAACAGGCUUUCUGCAAAACUGAGCAGGUUCCAACACUGCAAGAAAGGAGGCUGUUUCAUCUUAGUUUGUAGGAUACUUCAUGUGCUUUUUUGCUGCACUUUCUUUUCUUGAAAAAGGCCAGAUUGUAUUUACGUUUGGUCUUUUUUUAGUGGUCAUUAUUAGAGGCAUUAACAUUUCAAACACAUUCACACUUAUUAGGGAAAGUUGCCAUUUCAAAAGAGAACACAAGAAAUUAUUCAGAUGUCUCUGAACAAAUUAAAGAAACUUAACUAAAACUAUAAAAAUGCAUAUUUAAAAAUAAACUUAUUUUUUUCUUUCACAGUUGUGUCAGCAUCUUUGAAAGGUAAAACUGCAUGCUUGUUUGGAAUGUACAGUGGCCAAGAACCACCACUGCUGCCAUUAAAAAAAAAUGCAAAAAAAAAAAGAAUGCAAAAAAAAAAAAAGAAGUCACAACGGAAGUUACCGAUGCAAAAAAAAAAACAGAAAGAAACCAAAGCCUGCUGCAAAUAAAAAAGAAACAAUGCAGAUAAAAAUAAUGCCACAACAGAAGUUAACGACGCAAAAAAUGGUGGCAACGCAAAAAAAAAGAAAAAAAAAAAAAGAAAAAAAAAUUCUUACUGCGGAAAUAAAAGGAUGCAAAUAAAAAACCACAACGGAAGUGAGCUGCCGGGGACCAAUAAUGAUGAGGCGUCAGUGUUUAAUGAUCUAGGCACAGAAGACGACGGCAAGAAGACGAACAAAGAAGUAAGUGGAAAGAUUAUUGUUUAAUAUCGCUUUGUGCGCUUUUCAAUGUGUCGUUUGGUUAGGCCAUGUAGGGCCUGAGUUGAUAUGAAGUUGAACUGGAGCUAACACUACACCAGCAUCCUCCAGUUCAACUUCGUAUCGACUCGGGCACUACAUGGCCUAACCACAUUGAAAAGCACAUGAAGCAAAAUUAAACAAUAACUUUUCCACUUACUUCUUUGCUUGUCCUCUCACCGUCGUCUUCUGUGUCUAGAUCGGAAAACACCAGUACAUCAUCAUUAUUGGUCCCCGGCAGCUCACUUUCGUUGUGGCUUUUUUAUUUGCGUCCUUUUAUUUUCGCAGUAAGUAAUUUUUUUUUUCCAUCACCACUUUUUUGUGUCGUUGACUUUCGUUGUGACUUCUUGUUUUUGCAUCCUUUUUUUUGCAGCAGUGGUGGUUCUCGGCCACCGUAGGAAUGCAGUGCAUGACACAAAAUGCUUUUGUGAAACAAAUAAGCAUGAUAAAGUGAUUGUCAAUUGUUGAUAUUCCUAAUAGUCAAAGAGGAACACAGGACAGCCUUCUUUGGGGAGGAUAUUCACAUUGAUGUACCUCCUGGAAACGUGGGUGAGGUGGUGUUCAAACCCAGAAUCAGUGGCCAAGCAGAGGUGACUCUGCUGCAGGAGGGUAAGGUGAUGAAUCCCAGGUGUCACAUCAACUCUCUGGGUCACCUGGUGGUGGACGACAUUCAGGAGGAGGACGAGGGGGUGUAUGAGAUCAGGAACACCAGCAAUCCCAGCUCAGCCAAGCACCUCAUCCUCAUCGUCAGGGGUACGCUGUCUGUCUAAGGGUACUUUCACCGAGACAAAAGUUGUCUUAAAACAUAAAAAAUGGUUUUAAUAACUUGUACCAAGACUUUUAAGCCAUUUUUUUUAUUUAACUGACGUUACUAUGGAAACAGCAGUGCAAGGCUAAUCCACAAGCUAGCUUGUUUCGUUAUAUAUCGUAUUGAAAAGUAUUUAGCGAAGUUGGCAACACACUCGUUCGCAAAUAUGCUGUGUCGUGAAAGUACUACAAAAAAAUUACAUAUUCUGACGGAAAACUACUUCUUAGUCCACUUGUAUGGAGAUAUUACUCAAUUAAACUUACUACUAGCCAAACGCGUCAGUUGGUUGUACUUCCGGUGUUGUGCCGUAGAAUGCACCCCCUGCAUCCCAUCCACUCGUUAGCUUCUUAAAGUGGAAGAAAAUGAUCUGAUAUUUUAAAAAACACGAGUAUUGGAUCAUGACAACAUUUCAAAUGGAGCAGCAAACUUUCGUUCUGUUUGUAUGUCUCUCAAAAAUGCACAUAUAGAGGUUUACUUCGGUAUAUAAACUGUACAGUUAGCUGUCAAGGUAGAGAACAUUAUAUUUUCGGGACAGCAAAUAUUCCGAAUUAGAGGGCAAUUGUUUUCGUCUUAUCUGAAUAGCCUCAAUGAAAUCAUUGAAGGCACAUGCUUUUUAAUCCACCCAACGGAAAGAAAAACUUGGAUUAUUUCGCCUUGUUAUGAAUUUUCAACCGCGCUCCCGUCAGGGGUGCUUUUUACGGCAGGGGUGCAUUCUACGGCAAAACACCGGCCAGGCUACAAAAAAUGUAGCUUCUUUGUCUACUUCCAUAUAUUUUAUGACCCGAAUUAGAAGUUAAUAGCGACGAUUUGGUACACAGAUUUGUACAGAAAUAUUGUGUCUAAGUAAUUCAACACACUGUGUUUGGUUGGUACUUGUGGAAAAUGGUUACUGUGUGAGUGAAGUGAAAUUGAAUUAAAGGUGAAAAUGUCAGAGAAAGGCUUAGCUACAUAUAAAAAAAUACAUCAAAUUAGGCAAUUCUUUCGUUGUAUUGGGUUACCAAGCUUUAUAAGUUGUUACAGAUUUACAAAACACACGAAUUAACAGUUGUUCUGAUCAGGAAACAUUGACUUUACCCAAAUCAAACAACAAUCCUGUUUAUGCCUUUAUUUCUUUUUUUGUUAUUGAGCAGACUGUGCUUUGGAACAAGUGGUGAAGUAUGGAGAAACUUACUACAUUCAUCUCAACCAAGUCGAAGGUCCCAUCACCCUGGAGUUCAGGUACUUUGAGCAAAAUUAUGACAAAAAUAGUUCAUUAGUCUGUUUUUAUCAUGGAUCCCAUUUGCAUCUACACUUGACUCUCCUUACAUGACAGUGUUUAUCUGAAUGAUCUCUGCUAAAGAAAAUCAAAGUUGAGUCAAUGAAAUUUCCCUAUAAUUGAUGUUACAGCAGGUGCAUUUUCAAUCAGCAGCACCUGCAACAUUACUGAUGAGUUGUAACAACAGUUGCAUGUUGAAGAAAAGGUAGUACAGAUUUUGUGUUUCACAUUUUUUCUUCAUAUGAAGGCCCAGUCUGAUUCAGCCUAAUCAGACUGAGAUACAUCAUGCAACAGAGGCUCCAGCUGUUGUGCUGUAUAACCAGACGGCGGUGAUUGCAGAGGAUUAUGUGGGACGCCUCAGCGUGUCAGAAAAACGGGUGACGCUGCACUCAGUCAGGAUGACGGAUGAGGGGAGCUUCACGGUGCUGGACCGUGAGGGCAAAGUGAGAAGGAGGAACUGUCUGAACGUCAGAGGUAGGGAGAGAUCUGUGCUUUAGCUUCUUGCACCCUCUUAGAUUUAAUUGGCUGAUCCAUCAAUCUCAUUUAUGUGCUGUGGACAUUUUUGUGCAGCUAAUUUGAAUGCACUGCUCUUUUGUAUCUGUGUGAUACAAAAGAGCUGGGGAAUGUGUGAGGCCAUGGCUUAGCCUUUUUGUGUUUGCCAUAUUAUUACUUUCUAUUUUUGCACAGUGUUCAUUGGAUAUUGUAUUAUUUUUUGAGGGCAUUAAAAUACCUCGGUACUGUUAUCUUAGAAAAGGUCAGAAGUGUUUAAAAUGAGGUUAAACUUGCCUGCAGGGAAACAGGGCUGUGGUGGCAGGAAGGAAUUGAGUGUAGAUAAAAAUAUAUCAGGAACACAUUAACUUUAAUGAAGGUUAGGGAGCAAAAUAUUGUAACCACAGACAGAGACAUAAUAGCUCUAUAUGCUAUAUACAACACAACCAAAAUAGGCUGCCGAGACAUCGAAAGAGUAAUGGCUCUUAGGAGUUCUUGGGCACAGCGAAACUUCGUUUUAAUCAAUACAACAGAUAAGGUUUGUGGGAAAUUUUAUAUCAGUAUUUCAAAGAGUUUUUGGCGAUAAUAUGCGAAACUAAGUGAAGUUUUAUGCUGAUGGUGUUGCAGGAUGGUGAGUAAAAGAUCCUGCAAGUUAUUUAUUCAUACUUUUGGCUACAUGAUCGUCAUCACUUAUUUAAACGCAGUCCAUAAUAGAUAAAAAAUGAUGGACUGGUGAGUUUGCAGUACUUAGUUUCGACUGGUAUAACAAAUUCAUGUGCAUUUUCAGCUGUUUAUGCUUUCACUGUUCAAACAGGAUGUCUAUGCUGUUUGCGUCUAAUGUUUCCUGGCUCCAUAUCCUCCUAAUGUGGCACAUGAAGUAAACCUUUCCAAGGGUUUUAUGUUCUCGGCAGUCUUUUUUAAUAUGUUUAAAUCACACCCUUACAGCUUAUAGCCUUCUGAUGUUACAAUCUUUGAAAUUUAAGCCCUAUAAUGGUGAGGCAGGAACAUUUCUGGACUUUAGACUUUGAUAUUCCCGUAGUGGUGAGUCAGUUUUUACCAUUCAUAUUGUAUUAGACAUAUCUUUACCUAUAUCUUUACCUGUUUCUGACUUUGUUAGUGGAUUAAGGAUCCUGAGUGAAUGAUAUCCCUUUGUUAAUGCUAGUACCUUUGGUUAUUUUCUGUUUAUCAUCACAAACAGAAGAGUGUCUGUUAUAAUCGGGAAACGAUUCUUAUAUCAUUUGGCACAUAAAAUGAUGAUAAACAUGUUCACUUUAGUAAUAGACCAAUAGAAAAUUGAGCUAUUUUUCAUUUGGGUUCUUUAUGUACCAUGUGGUGUGGUUAUUUGAAAGAAUGUAGGUGUCAGACACUUCAUGAUUUUGAUUUUUAACAUUAAAAACUAAAGAUUAUCAUCAGUUCUCAAGUUAAGAUGGAUUUGCCGCUAGCAAACUCACUGAUACCUUCUCUUAAUUCUUCAAAGGGCACCAGGACUUCCCACGCCUUCCUUACGGGGCAAACCUGAAGAUGAAACUCUACCAGCACCAUUCUCUUCUUAACAUCGUUUACAUACCCAAAUCAGACAACCGACCGCGGGCCGUUCUGGACCAGGGGGUCCUGGUGACCCCUCUGGACCCGAUGCUGGAGGGCAGGCUGACUGUGGAGGGAUCCGAGCUCUCCAUGAAGAAGCUCCAUGUGUCCGACGUGGGCCUCUUCAAAGUGACUGACCUGGCUGGGUUUCCUGUAGCGGACGUCUAUGUGGAGGUGGAAGGUAAGAGGAGACAUGGAUGAUCAAUUUAAAACCUGAUUUAUAAGUAGGAAGAUGAAGUUGUUUGCUCAUUACGGAUGACUUUUCACAAUUUGUGUUUCUCAAAGGAAAAUGAUAAUACAAAACAUAUGAGGAUGCUUUUAAAAUAUGAUAUAAUGACCCCAAAACAAAUGAAAAAGUUGGAAUUUAAAGAUGAACAUUAGCAAAACUAAACAGACACAUUAAUGCAGCUGUUAAAUCGAGCAGAGCACCAAAUUGCCCAUUAAAACUAAGCGGUUAUUACUUCAUGGAUGAAGCAGCUGAACUGUGUAUUUCUUUAUGAUGCUGUGUCACUGAACUUUUUUCAUCUGUGAUAAAUGUAAAUAAAGACACAACAGCGACAACUUAGUCAUAAUUUAUUUUUGUGGUUUUGUUUUUUCCUUUUUUUGAAUUUUCUGUUUCCAUUUGGGUUUAAAGUUCUCUUGUGUUCCUGUUUCAUGUGUUUUUAGUUUGCCUUUUGUUUAUUAAACUUAAGAAUAAGGAAAAAUUAAAGCUGUUGAUACUUCUUUGUUUGCAAGUGCAUGCGCUGUGUAAAAAAACUGCAAGUAUUUACUGCAAAGUCUGCCACAACAAGGAUUUUGCAAUCUUGUCAUUACCUCCACUCCGUUUUGAGGCUUUUCAGAACUGAGAUUUACUUCCCCUACACUGACGCAUUCAUGGUGGUGGAAAAAAAGUAUUAAAAUGCUGUGAUUUGUGACCAACAACAACAACAAUAACCUAAAUUCAAACUUGGACUUUUGCCUGUCUGGCUCUGACACUUCAGAGUAAAGCUAUAGGAAAAGUUAAACCUUAAAGCAACAGCUUCAGACGAGUUCAUUAUGGCCAUGCAAACUUGUUAGAAGGAAGAAAGAGGGUAAUAGAAAUAAAAAAACAAAGAUUAAGUUCAACCACGAACCCAAAAUGAACACCAAGGAAGCUUUCCAGAACAUUUAUUCUGCAGCCACUGAAGACUCAUAACUCUCCCCUGUGCUUGUUUCUGUCUCAGCCUAUAAACUUCCUCCGCUGACUGUCGCCGUCCUCUCCUUGCUGGGUCUGAUCGCCUUCAUGCUGCUCAUCUGCUUGCUGUCUUGUGUUUACAAAGUGCACAAAAGGAACGAGAAGAACAAGAAGCUGAUGCUCAUCGCUCAGCAAGCGGGCAAGGGAGACGGCGAUGCUUUCAGACAGGUAACACCCACCCACCCAGUGCAUUACCACCGUCCUUUGUUUUGUCUGUGGAGGAGGGAGAUUGUAGAUCACAGGGAUAAGAAGGAGAAAAGCUCUUGGAGAAGGUCGAGCCUGGAGGCAAAUUUCUGCUUCACACUUGGGAAGAGUUAUGUUUGUGUUUUGGUAUUAACGCAGGACGGUUCUGUUCCUGCGGUGGGUGUCAGAUGGUCGGCUGGUCCUCCCCCACAGUGCUGGACCUGGCAUGCAUGGUCACAGCCAAAAUAAAACCACAACCGAGGACAGCUCACGUUGAAGCAGCACUUUAAAUCUGGCUCCCUUGGUGCGGUUUAGCCUCAGUCGUUAUAAUAUUUUGUACACAACCAAAAUACAAGUCUGUCAAUCUGUUAGUCAUUACCAGGUGCUUGUUAGGGAUCGAAAUAUUUGGAUAAUCCUCCUGCGUAGGAUGUUGGAAAUCACACUGAAUAUGAGGAGUGACCAAAUGCUCAAAAAGAGUAGUAAUAUAAAAAUGAUGGAACAAAACAGACCACUCCAAAUUUUAUCCACAAAUUAAAACUUUGCACACGGUGUCAGUGACUUUGUGUUGCACUUUCUGUUUGUCAAACAACUUCACGAAAGAUGAUUUUAACCUGUUAUGUUAUUUAAAAUGACUGUUGAUAAGUAUUCACAUUAUAAAAGAUAUUUAUUAAAAGGCAUCGUGAGUGAGACGCCGCACCGCAGUCAGAGGGAAGCAGAUGGCGGCUUCCAGGACUGCAUUAGAGCCGACAUGAUCCGUCCUCCUUAUUUUAGCUCAGACUCUUAUGCAGCAUUCAACCACAGCUUGACUUUUUUUCAAUAACACUCAGGCUGCAAACAGAAACCAGAACAAAAACCUGUCCCCCGCCUACAGAUUCUACAUUUAUCUGCAGAAAAAAAACAACCUCUGUGAUAUGUCAGGAGACUCAGCUGGAAAUGUACAACAAGUUAGUCCAUCAGUGUGGGAGCCAUCCUUGUAUAUAUUGACUAUCUAAGAUGUCAUGUUUCGUGACAGAUCAUAAACUUACUAAACUACUAAACAACAAAAAGUUUAUACAGACAAAUAUCUUUACAAAGUCCAGAGUAAAAAGUGCAGCAGAAGAUCUUAAAACACAGGAAGGUAAGAUGAGCACAAAAGGAAAGAUAUACCUAAACUAUUAUCUACACUACAAACAGGUGAGGGAAACACAAAAAGAUAGGAGUUAAAACAAAGUGUGACACACAAGAGGCAAGACCAGUAAGUGCUGUAAACUAAACUUAGGAAUCUAACUCCCGGUUAAGUGUCAUCAAACUCUCUGAUGACGACUUUACAACAAAAAACAAACUUUCCAUGAGUCUGCAUCACCGUGAAAUCAUAUCCCUCCUUUCUGCUUUAAAUUCCACAGAGCAGUCCAGGUUCAGUUAAAGACCAACACUUAACAUGUUUGAUUUUGUACAGCCGCCCAUUAUUUAUCAUCAUUCAGAGCUAUCGAUCAGUUUUGAGAGUCUUUGAAUGAAUGAUUGACCACUAGAGGAGCGCCCUGUGAGGCCCCGUAAUUACACCUCUUAUUCUUAAAAUGUCAAUUUUGACUAAAAGUCUCAAAGCGUAGUUUAAUCAAUGUGAGCUCCACUUUUACUGAGCCCAUUUACACAGAAAGGAAACAGAAUAAAAAAAGCAUCGAUUGUUUUCAUUUUGAUAUCUUAAGCUCUGCUCCGCUUCUUAUCCGCUCAAUAUGAACUCAGGGAUCGGAUGAUUCAGAGGAGCUGAUGUUUAACUUCAGCCUUCACUCAGUGUCAGCAUCUGAAAGAUUAAACUGAAUUUAUAAAGCAAUCAAAACACAAACACAACAUCAAAAUAUCAACAGACGUUUUACUUCAGGAAUAAUAGAGGUUUAUUCAAGAUGUCAGGAUUUAACGUCAAAGUAAUGUCAAAAUACAACAAUUUUAAUGUUUUUACAGAAAGAAGUGAGACAUAAAAGUGAUUUAGACGGUUUAAUUCACAGGCAGAAAUAUCCAAACUAUCUCAACUAUCUAACAAAGGUUUUACUUUAGCUGUUCAAAUUACAUUUACCAACAUAAAUGAUUGGGGUGAGAUGAUUGGCUGAAAUUACAAAGACCAUGUUUCUCUAAUCAGGUAUUAGGGUCAUCCUCAGUGUAUAUAUUAGCAGAACUGAUCUUAUUUUAGGUACUAUAGGUUUUUUAUAAGUACUUUCAUGUAGGGCUGGGUGAUAUGGCCUCAAAUCAAUAUCACAAUAUAUUGAGCAGGUCACCUCGAUAAUGAUAAAUGGACGAUAACUACUCCACAAACUGCUCACCCCCGCCCACAUUAACUUUGUCUACUUCAGCCGCUACAACUUUUGAACAGUCCUCCAUCUCCUCACCUGUCUUUACCUCUUUGUUACGACGUAGGACAGCGUCUUAAAGGGACAUGAGACCAUAGCCUACCUACACACAUCCAAAACAAACUUGUAUUUAUUUACUUUUUUGACGUGGGCAAAAUGACGUUGGUUAUUGUCAUAAAUUUCAGUAUCGGUAAAUUUUCGGUUUAUCGCCCAGCCCUACUUUCAUCUGACUAUAAACCUGAUUGAAGCUCCCUGUCAGUGUCAUAUGUUUGUAUUUAUUAAUAAUCAGUCAUAAAUCUCAUGAAUGGUUGAAAUGUUUCUCCAGUUGAUGAUGUUUUUCUGAUGUGAAUCUUUGGUCCAGUCUGAGUGUUUGGUGUUGAAUCAGUUUCAAACCCCUGCUCUGAAGGAGGCGUCUGUGCUCACAGCUGCUUGUUUCUGAUUGGAGGCUCAGCUAACGCUGUCGCCUGUGCGUUACGUUUCUCCCUCUGACUUUAAGGAGCCUCAAACGGAGCCUCUGCUUGGUGAGAGACUUGAGUCCUGGCCUCUCUGUAUCUUUAUCGGUGUUUAGAAGAAUCCGCUGCUUCCUUUGGCAAAUAAGAUCUUUGAUCAGCUCGUUGUUUGAUUGAUUAUUGGUGACAGUUUCAGAAACGAGAGUGAGGAAUUUUAUAACAUUUGGUACUUUUCCAAAAUUACAAUCACAUUUUUGAACUCAAGCACUUUGAGAGAAAACUGUCAUCAGUUUUGAUGAACACGCAGAAGUUAAUCAGAGACCUAAUUUGACCAAAAGUUGAUGAAUUACAUCAGAUUGAUCCGGCAUCAAAACUUGGUACAAGCUGUUCCUGUGAUCCUCACAGACGUUUUGACUUUCCACAGACUGAGCAGAGCACACAUUUAUCUCUUUGCACAAACUAAAUUUAAGCAGGUUUCAGAUUCAUUCAGAAAGAAGUAAAGAAAAGUGCAGUUUCAGUCUGUCCUUCAGGAUCAUGGUCACAGUCUUGUUCCAGGUUUGGGUGAACAAAAAACAUCCAUUUUAACAGGUAAUUUAAUCCAAUAUUUACUUUAAAAAUCUCGAGAUUUUAAACCUGAAUAUAGCGACUAAAUGACCUGUUGAGAUGGUUUGAACUCCUAUAUCUAAGUGUGUGUAACUGCAGCUGGGCUAUAUAACUCGAGAAAGUCACACGGAUGUUGUGUGUGACUUUCUUUCCUCGGCUUCUUCACCUCCCUCUCCUCUCCUCCCUUCUUCCUUGUCCUCCCGGCUGCUGAGCGGCUCAGACGGAGCUCUGCAGUUACUCAAACACACUCAGGUUUUGAUAACUGCCGGCGUGCAGCUUCACCGCCGUGUUUAAGCUCUCAGUGUGUGGUGACUCGGCGAGCUUCGCGCACACACAUGCACAUAUCUCCUCCUUGUGUGUUGUUGAGUUGUGUGGGGUGAAGUUGCAGGUAAAUAUCUGAUGUGUAUGUGUGGGUUUCUGUGCUGACUCUGUGCGUGGUGUCGUGUUCAGGGCAGUAGUGAUUAAACCGUACAAAGAGGUGUCAGAUUUACUUCAUAGAGAACUGUCUCUGUGUAAUCAUCUACUCGCCCUGUUUGUUAUCGUGUCCAUGUUUUGUCGUCAUUACCAGGUUUUGAAGACGUGCGGUAUUGUCCAGUAGGUCUUUAUCUAACACAUCAUGUAGACACCUCCCCCUCUUUUUGCUGGUUUGACAUUUAUUUCCAAAUGUCACAAGUCGCCUAACACUCCAUUACACCCAAACAUACUCACGCACAAGCAGAAAUCCAUCUGAUUAUAAUUAAAGUGAAGGCGUUUUAAUGAGCAGUCAUUAUAAAUGUAUUUUUCUGGUUAUACUCGAUUAAAUUUCCAUAAAGACUUUUCCUUGUUCACAUGAUUCAUGACUGCUUAGAACUUACAUUCAGUUCAGCUGAUGUUUGCUCUUUAAUAUUUAUCUAUUAGAGCUUAACACCAAGUUUGAUUUAGCAUAUUUGGACUUUUAGUUGUAGUAUUAAAGGGAUAUUCCGGCGUAAAAUUAAGUUAGGGUCAAACACACCAUAACACCGAGUUAGACACCCCCGUCGAGAAAUGAAUGUUGCCGACCGCUUGCUUCUUUAGUUAUACCAACUUUAAUAACGACCGCACGAUAGCAAUACACAGCAGUCUGAGGAGCUGUAAACAAACCUCAACCAAAACGCCACUCUAUAGCCACAAAUAAUGCUCAGAACAGCACCUAACUUCAUCAACAGGACAUAUAGGGUCCCGGCCAUAGUACUAGCCAUCUAACAUCUUUUUAACUUUGACUAAUUUCUUUAGCAAAGAGACUAAACACAACUCACCUACUCUCUUCCAGCAGCCACUUAUUUGUGGGGGAGCCCUGACAAGUCAAUCACCGAGUGCAGCGGAGUUUCGCAGUUCAAGGAAGAACAUUUAUGAUCAUUUCUUCGUGGAAAUGCAAUCAGAGUUCUUUUGUAUCUUGUAUGUGCACUGCAGACGCAGUAGUUCUUCUGCCUUAGCAUCUCGGUCUGAUUGCAUUUCCACGAAGUAAUAAUCAUAAAUGUUCUUUUUUGAGCUGCGAAACUCCGCUGCACUCGGUGAUCGACUCGUCAGGGUUCCCCCACAAAUAAGCGGCUGCUGGAGGAGAGUGGGUGAGUUUUGUUUAGUCUCUUUGUUAAAGAAAUUGAAAUUGGCUAGGACCCUAUAUGUCCUGUUGAUGAAGUUAGGUGCUGUUCUGAGCAUUAUUUGUGGCGAUAGAGUGGCGUUUUGGUUGAGGUUUGUUUAUGGCUCCUCAGACCGCUGUGUAUUGCUAUCGUGCGGUCGUUACUAAAGUUGGUGUAACUAGAGAAGCAAGCGGUCGGCAACAUUCAUCUCUGGAGGGGGUGUCUAACUAAGAGUUACAGUGUGUUUGACCAUAACUUAAAUUUACGCCGGAAUAUCCCUUUAAGACAAAACGAACUUGUAUUAAAUGUAAAAAGUUCUUAAAUUGGUUUGACAGAAAAUUUUAAUUUUUGUGUCACUGCUCCUUUAAAUGAAACAUGAACACUAAAAGUGACAAACAGUAAAAAAUAAAUGUUAAACCAGCAACCUCUUACUCGCUCCCUGUGGUUGUGUGUUCAUGUUGUCUGGUUGUGUGUAAGUGUGUGUAUGUGUGUGUGUUAUAUCUCCUUGUUUUGUCAAGCUGUACAUCAUGCCCACGUAGCUUUACGCGCUGCCUUUAAACUUUCAUGUGCGUCUGGGGACUUAUGAUGUGUCUUUGUGUGCGCUGACAGCGGAGGUUGAGACGACAGCAGUUGCCCUUGAGGACGGUCACUCUGACAUGUUAUGGAUUUCCUCGUAGAUCAGAGAACAGAGUCGACAUGUGUACGAGGAUGUCAGCGACUCCUCGGGUCCGAACCCAAGAGACAGACAUGAAAAACAAAUCAAUCAAACCUCUCAGCGUCCUCCAGUCCCCCUCUCACUGCUCGGAUGUUUAUUUAUUAUCAUCAGCUUCCUCUCUCUUUACUUUCGUUUCCUCUUCUUUUUCUUCUUCUUCUCUGUCAUUCUUCGAAAACGAGGCAGAUUGACCAAAUGAAUGCAUAGCCUUUUCACCAAACAUGUGCAAGUAACAAAAAACAAGUUAAUUUCAAAAUCACACGUACAUCCAAUAGCUGUGCUGCAGAGAAAGGAACUUUUUGUUGAUUUGAUGCUGUUUGCACAUAUUUAAAUCCUCAAAUACUGAAACAAACAUUCAUAAAAAAUGUAUUUAUUCACAAGUUUCAGAGAUGACUGAAGAUAAUUUGAACUCUUAAAUUCAGUUGAUUUGGUCACAUUUGGCAGCUUUCGACUUAAAUGUUGAGGUCAGUCAGUUUUUAGAUGCUCUAUCUUCUCCUAAAUUUAGCCUCAGUCUCUCCAUCCUGUCCUCUCUCUCUCUUUCUCUCUCGUCUCAGUCUGUUUUUUUUUUUUCUGUCAAGGUCUCCCUCUUGAAGCUCAAGGAGCUGGCACUUUUUAGAUUACAGAUUCAGCCACGGCUCUGUUUCCUCUCAACCUCCAGACAAACAAAAACAACAGCCUCUCUCAGUUACGUAACUCAAACUUCCUCUUCAGGAACGUGUCGUAUGUCUGAGUGCUUUUCUGUGCAGUAAUACAUCUGUGUGUGUGCCCCCUCCGGUGUGUGUCUUUGUCCCCUUCAGCAGUGCCUUUGUACUCUCAGUGACCACCUUGCAAAUGCUCAGCUGCUGGGAUGGAUCAUGUAAGUGGACACGUUUUGACAUGCCAUUUGUGUGUGUGCGUGUGUGUUUUGAUGCAGGUGGUCCAUGAAGCGUACACCAGGUUUGCUGAGGAGUCUGUGAUGCAGUCUGUGAGUGAUAAGACCCCGGAGACCUCAGAGGUGACCAUAAAGGUGAGAAGGUGCAAACAAGAAGAACACACGCACACAUACGGUGAUAAAAAGGACUUUAAAAACUAUCAUCAAUUAUCAAAAUGCCCAAAAAAACAUAGCAUGAGUUUAAUUUAUUUUCAGCACUUACGAAAAUGUCACAAAAUUUUUCAGCCUGUGACAUUUGGACUCUUUUGGAGGAGAUGAAGUCAGUAUCUCACAACUGCAAAAGUGGUUUUCCCUUUACUCUGUUCGUUUGCCCUCUUUUUUUGGAUGGUAUGAACUCAACUAAUUACUCAAAGCAAAUACACUAUUUGAUACUAUUCAAAAUUAUUGCAUGUUUUAGAUAUAUGGUAUGUUGGUCUGAGCCGGAGAAGUCUACACUUGUUUUGAAGAAGGAGAGUUCAUCUGUGAAAAGAUUUUUAACUUCCUGUCAGGAACUUUUAACUCGAUAUGAAAAAAUCUCUCAUUCGCUGCUGAUGUCUCCCCGUCACCUGCAGCAGCGAAUGAGCCCAUCUGUGUGAAGAUGAGCUAUUUCUAAAUAGUGAAAAUGAGAAAUACGGGAGCCACAAACGAAACAAUUCAGGGUACUCAGACUAGAUACGACAUGCGAGUUUUUUCUCUUUGUCUUGCACUGAAAUCACAAACGGUGACAACAUCCUGCAGCCAGAGACUCCUGCAGACACCGUGUCGUGCUACAGCUGCAGACAGACAGGCAGAGCAGCUCUGUGCCGCUAACCUCAGUAGUCCUGCUGCUCCACGUCUGUCUGACACUUGCUUCCCAUUUUAAAUACAUUUACAAAGCAGGUUGUCUCAAACUGCUCACAAAAAAGUUCGUUUUUGGAGCCACAGAAGUGUCUUCACGACAAUAUGGGCUAAAACACUAUUCCGCUUUUGUCCAUGGUUGCCGCCGAAAUCAACAGAAAAUCGAAAUCUCCAUCCAGCUGCUUUAACUAACAGAAGGAUUAAUGAUUAUUCAGCAAAGUAACCGCCCUAGUCUUUUUGAUUACAGAGCAAAAACUACCCAAUAAAUGACGCCGUGUUGUAAUUUAAAAGUGAUAAACUUCUUUAUGAGACAGAGUUGAGGAGCAGAUUAAAAAGGAUUCAUGAGCUUUAGUGGGUCUUAAAAAAAGUUUAGUUAAAGAAAGAAAGUGACUAAGAACUUGUUAGAGAUGUUCGAUUGGAGCUGCUACAACCUUCAUGAGCAUUUUAACAUUUUCAUUCUGGGAAACAUCGGAAAGUAUGUGGCCAUAAAAGAGUUUGAAUGCACAUAACUCAGUAUUAAAUAUUUACCAAACACGGACUGGAACAAGCCUUAAAUAGUUAAACCAUUUUUACCUCCAUGUCUUGAUGUAGCUCUAACACAGCUGUUUGACAAUAUGCAGAACAGGUGUAUCUCUUCAUCUUAAUAAUAAUCAUAAUAACUGCAGUAAAGGCUUCACUUCAGCAGAGAACCUCGACUCUGCUCUAAAUUAUGAAGGUUUUUUCAGCUUGUGUUGCUUAUUUUAUCUAAAUAAUGAAAUUUGGUUUCUUUAAACUCACACACAUCCGUCCCUGCAGGUUAUUGGAUUUGUGUUUUUUUUUUUUUUUUUAUCUUGUUGUUUUGUGUAGUUAUGUACAGCACUUUGCACAGCUGUGGUUGUUUUAAAGUGCUUAACAAAUAAAGUUGAGUUGAGUUGAGUUGAGUAACAGAGACAAUAGUGUUGGCUGUGUAGCGGUGGAAGGUAAAUCUAUAAAUACAGUCCUAGAAGUGUGCAUGAAUUAUUCACGUCACCACCUCUCUUCCUUUUUCUCUCUCUGUCCUACAUCACCAUCCUUCUUCUGUCACUCCUCUUGCUUUUCUUCUUCCCUUUUUCUCCCUGCUCCACUUUGGUUUUGCUGAGCGUCUUCUCUCUAUUUCUAUUCUACUUCUCAUUUUGUCCUUAGAAUUAUUUGUACCGUAUUAACUCUGAUUUUAUCUUUCCUGUCCUCCAGGGCCUCGAGGUGUCCAAACCCGGCCGUUACCAGGCCCUCACAUCGGAGAACUUCAUGGAGAUGAGCGACUCUGGAGUGGAGUUCACCCACUCCAGCCUCCCAUUGGACAGCGACACUGAUGGUGGAAUGACAUACGCCUCCCAUAAGCCUCUCCUGAAUGCCGUCUCCCCCACAGCUGUGACCACAGGAGUUCUCUCCGACAGCCUGGAGGCCACCUUGACACCUCACGGCGACCUUAACGCCACUCGGACCCCUGACUCCGUCCUGAGCGCCAGCCCUGCUUCCAAUCCCCGCUCGCUCGCCGCCGCCACCCCUGAUGGCAGCCUAGGUGGUGCUGCGUCGCCAGGAGCGGGCUCUAGGGGCACCGCUGGGUCGGAUUCAGCCAAGACGGAAGGAGGGGCUGAGGGCGGAGAGGCUGGGCAAACAGGGUAAACAACUCACCUGAGAGGAUGCGCCAGUGUGUUUAUUUUUUUUCAGCUGAUGGUCCUUCGACAGUAAUGACAUCUAAACCCAUCUGGCCGUGCGUUUCUACAGACUCUUACCAUGUCAAAAAAUACACAACCAAACCGCCGCACCUGAAACACAACCACAGACGACAUUCUCACGCUUGGAUCUGGAUAUUAUCACAGCCCAAAGAGAAAAUAACAAAAGGGCAGCUGCACAAAAACCACAAUGCAAAAUGAAAAAUCCACCAAAUAAGAUGUAAAAAGAGAAACCCCCCCGAGCUCUAUCUGAAGACGGACAAAACAAAUCUGUGCUUUUGGAAACAUGCAUGCCUUUAAACGAAAUAUUAAAGUAGAUAUCGUAGUUCAGAUCGACUGCAUGCAGGAGCACCGAGAAGAGAUGAUGAUGAUGAUGAUGAUGAUGAUGUGGAAAGGUUUAAAACACUCUCAGCACUUUUAGGAAAACACUUAAAGGAGAUCAAAUGAGUUAAACUCUUGUUGAAAAGCUGUCAGAGAGGAUUACAAGAGUUUGACGGGCAGAGUGAGAACGCUGAAGGAGUCAGACCGGGGGCUAUUAACAGCGUAUAGGCUCUCUUGUACUGCAGCGGAUCUCGACGUGUUGCCUCUGACAGCACUUUUGUCCGCUCUCACCGCAUCAGACCAACACUGCGAUGAUUGCGUUUCAUCCCGCCCACUCGCAGACGCUAUUAUUAACAGAACAAGUGUGUCAGGGAGCGUCGAGAUGCUUGCCUCAGCACUUGUUUCUUCCCCGCCGCCACCCAUGAGAAAAACCCUCCACAUAUUUUCUGAAAACACUCAGCGAGCGAAAACAAGCACUGCAGAUUGAAUAACAUCACUCUCAUGUGGGUGACGGCGAUUGUUUCCCCCCUGGGUGUCAAAUCCGCCACGUUUAAAGGCGUCAUGUAAAGAAACUCUCGAAAGAAAGAAAGACAACACCUUACUGUAGAAACAUCCUCAUGUGUUUUUAUUUUCCGCCUAUUUGGAGUCGUCAUAAGCCCUGUCAGAGCAACACCAAACUCAGACGAUGCUCCCCUCUCUGUAAUUGGAUUCACGGAGACGAAUUCACGGACAUGGUGAAGGGAGGAGUGGUGAUAAAAGAGACGACGGAGAUGAAACGGGGGGUUACUAUUCAGGGAGCAGAUAAAUGACUUGCAUGAUUUAAAGCCUCCUAUUUUCAUCUCAGCCCCCCCCUCAUCUGACGGACGGCGCUCUGAUUGUCGGAGCCCCGGUUGUUUGCCAAAAAGAAGCGAGUGGAAAGACUCAGUCAGAUCAAUCUCUGAUAACCAUGCAGCCUGCAGCCCCUGCUGGAACUGAAUACAGUGAUUAUAACUGGUGUGUGUGUGUGAGUGAGUGAGUGUGUGAGUGAGGGUUCUUACAAAAUAACCAACAAUAUCAGACGUUCAGGAUCCCUUUCAGUUCAGGAUUUUUAGAGCUAAAGAGUUGGAGUCUUAUCAAAAACUGCACAUACGCUGCUGGUGCUGCAGAAAAACCUCAAAUACAUUUAAGUUUUACAUCACAGUGACAGUCAAACAUACAUCUCUCUAUACACCCGUUUAACUAAGGAAGGUCAAAUGUUUACAAAAACUUCACGUUAACUGUAUCCAGCUGCUCUGAUAUGCAGGUCACGCCUCUUUUUAAGUGGAUCCCCCAAAACAGGAAGUUUGAUCCGUAGAUUCAUUAACCUGUCGAGCAAGUGUUAGUAUGAAAAAAGAGAAUUGAGGAGUUUCAGGAUGAUUUUUACAGAUGUUAGAAAGUUAUUUCAAAAAUAAUCCUUCGACUGGUUCAAGAUUGAGGCGCUUAAAUGACCAAGAAAAGCAGAUCAGCGAAAGAUUGACGACCGAUAACGAGUUAUUUUCAGCUGUCUGGUGAGAUUUACAGCCAGAGGAGCUUUUUCUUUGACCUUUUCUUAGGCUGGAGAUUCACUAGAACUGCUGUUAACUAAACAGACAUGCAUAGAAACACAGAGCUGAUCUGCCCUACAAGCUCAAAUGCUUCACAUCCCCCAUGAUGCCUCUGUUACAACCUCCAAUGGUGGAUUCGAGGUGAACAUCUUUGUGCGUUACAUAUUACAGAUAGAAUACAAAAAUCCUGCUUUGCUCCAAUGACAAUUUUUACGUUUCUAUUGAUGACAUCUGAAAACAGGUGGAUUUGCAGACAUCUUUGCUCUCCUCUGGUUAAAGAUAAUUUCUUUCAUUCAGACUCAGAUGUUAAGAUUCAUCUCACCGGGUUUCUGUUCUCGGUGUGCGCUCAUUUCAUCAUUCACCCCUGAAUAUCUCCAGCUGUGUUUUCAGAUCGACUCGCCCUGAGUUUGUGGGAUUUUUACCUGUGGGCUGACGGGGAAAAGUGUGGACAAAGUCAGGGUGAAAUUUUCUGGAUUUUGGGAGUUCUGUGUGAAUACAGGUUUAGAUAUCCUUUAAAGCUAAUCAGGAGAUCUUUAACGCACAGGACAGAUCAGUAAAGAUACAAGACCUGCUGUUUUGUUUGCAAAACUCCUCACAGCUUUUAAAAACAUCCUAAAUGGAUCAACAGUGGCAUGUUUAUUUACACUCUAAGCACAAAUAAACACAUAUUGCUGGUAAAAAAAAGAGAAAAUAAGCAGCUAUGGACACAAAAAAAUCAGAUAAAACUAGAAAUACUGAUUAUGCUCCAGUUUUAACACAUCUGGAAGUAAUUACAAGCAGACGGAGGAUGAAACUCACAUCCUGAAGCACCGCUCCGUCAGAGGAAGUCUGUGGGAUGAUUCAGAUCACAUCAUACCGAUUUAAACCAAAGACACUCCGACCGUGCAUGUGCUCCCUCCACAAGGCCGAAAAUAGUCUGCGAUGUUAAACUGUAGAGCCACUUGUGCAGCACACUUGCAGCGGUAUCCAUGGCAACACUGAUAACUCUACUUCAACUUGUCUGUAACAAAGCUGUACUGUCCCACCGAUCCCAUAUCUGCAGGGAUGUUUCUGCUCACAGCAUGCUGACGUCUUGCUGUAGCUGGACUGAUGUCAACCUGGAAAGUCUGGACCUAGAGAAGCACAAAAUCCAACACACCUGAUCCCUUUUAUUUUUAUUUUUUUGAACAAGAAAAAGGUUCUCGUCGUACUUUAAAGGAGGUUAAAAUAAGUAGCAGCUAUUGUAAAUACAUGAAAACAAGGAUCUGCAAAAAAAGGGAAGCGAACAAGCUCCUUUCUUCUUCAGGAAAACGUCGUUUGGAUUGAGAUGUGUGCUGCUAAAGGUCAUAAGUGUGUGAAAGGACAUGUAAGCCUACUUACAUGUUGUUGAAUAAUUGAUUUGUGAGGCUGUUUUGUAGGGCAGUGGCGCGGGGACUUCUUGACACAGUUAGAUUUUUAUAUUACUCUCAGAGUCAACAACAACAACAGGCUCCUUUACCUGACGUUAUUAUCAGUUUGGUUCAAGAAGCCCCGGUAAAAAAGACAGCUGUGUGGAUGACAAGAAAAUCAUCAUGUAAGGAGUAUUUUCACUUAAAAUCGAAAGCAAUAUAAAUGAUAAUGGCACUGAGACAUCACGAACAUCGAGAAGAGGAAUCCGACACAUACUCUGUCACUGGAUUCCUCUUUUUUCCACUCUUGUAAAUAUGAAAGAUAUGUGAUCUGCAUGUGUAAAGUGUGAAAUUACUAAUAUGUUUCUUACUGCAAUGCUUAUGCAAGAUUUGAUACUAUCGAACGCUGCUUUGAUCCUUUAACCACACGUCCACACAGUCAGUAGAAAACUCGCACACAGAGCAGGAGACGCCUUCAGCUGCGAAGACUCUCCGCUCUUAUUCAUGUCAUGUUUACACGGUUGAGUCUCAGUGACGCCGGGAGAAAUCCUUUCAUCGCGACGUUUGAGGAUGAGGAAUGCAAAUGCGCCUCGGGGGCGACAAUUUCAAACAGCAACAACUGCUUUUGUUGUGUUUAAGCAUGUACGCAGUGUUAUAGAGUUUUUAUUAGAGAGUCAGGCUGACAGAGACAGAUGUAUCCUGCUUUUCAGAACAGAUGUAAGACUGAUUUUUGAGGAGAAACACCAGAUUUAAAGGACUAGUGCGUGAAAUUACAAGAGAAACAGUUUCAGAAAUUUUCACCAAAUGAGAAUCAGACUUUCUAAAACCCUAAAAGCUUAAAAUGUUAAUCUUUUAGUCUUUAUUAGAAAGUAUAAACAGGCAAAGCAAACACUGCCUCUGCAGAGAGCCACAAGUUUCUCAAGUGUCCUCUCACGUCUCAAAGGAAAAGGUCAGGAGAGCCAGGCUGACAGAGACAGAUGCACGACUGAUAACUGAGGAAAAACACCAGAUUUAAAGAGCGUGAAAUUACAAGAGAAACAUUCUUCACCAAAUGAGAAUCAGACAUUCUCCUAUUUUCAGUGAACCCUUAAAGCUUAAAAACUUUAACUCUGAAGGAAUAUUUUUACAUCAGCAGUCAUGUUUUUAACAGAAAGUAUGAACAGAUAAAGCAGACACUCUGCAGAAAGCUUUUAGCCUGUUUCACAAGUUUCUUUCACAAGUAUCCUCUCAUGUCUGAAAGGAAAAGGUCAGGGGGAGCCAUAAUCAGCUGGAUGCAGUCUAUGACCGGACCACUAGAUGGCACUCUAGCUUAUGCACUCCAUCCACCUACACAGAGGCAAAUGAAUGUUUGAAAUGUGGUUUGAACUUUUCAAAUCUGUGAAUCUGUCGAGGAAAUAUCUGCUUAGAGUCACAGCAAGAUAAAACAGAUUUAUUUCACUUCUUAUUAAUCUAAAUAUUUGAUCUCUAGAGAUUAUGAGAAACUUCUGUGGACAAGAUACUUAACUCCUGCGCACAGUAUAGUAUCUUGUCAAUACACUAUGAUUCGCCUGUAGUUCAAAGAUAACUAACUUGUGCACUUAACUUAAUAUCUUGAGCACAAUACUGUAUCUUGUGCGCACAAAACCUUUGUCACUUGAUAAAUGUAAAAUUUUAGCACACUAUACAACAUCUUGUUCACUCAAUAUAAUAUCUUGUUGUCACUUGAUAACUACAGAGUGUUGAUGAGACAAUUAUAGUGCGCCCACAAGAUGUCUAGCUUGGUUGUUAGAACAAGAUAGUGUCUUGUGCACAUAAGAUAAUCCACUUAACUUUAUUAUUAACCUCUUUGCUCCACAUUUUAUCUUGAGCGCACAAGAUCAUAUUUUGUGUCUAAUAAAGGGUCUUUUUGGCAUUAAACGAGGAUGCGGAAGAUAGUGAGGAUCCUACAAGAGUAAAUAGAUCGCUGUUGCUGUAAUAUGAUAAUUGUAUGUCAUUAUCUUGUGCGUACAGGAUAAAAAUGACUCGAUUGUAAAGUCUUGGUCGGACUAUUGAAACAAAAUCGACUGAUGAAAACAAACACUGACCUUUCACGCAGAAGAAUCGCUGCUCCGAGCAUAAACCGCCUCCGUUUAAAGGUCCCUGUAAUUUAUGAAGACUUGAAAAAAUUGAGAUUAAAAUGUGAAUUUGCUCCUGAGCACAGGAAGGAUUUUUACGACAACGCCUGAACUUUCCAUAAUAGGCGGAUUUGACAUGUCCUUAUUAUUCUUCUUUUUCUCUCUAAUGAAUCCUAAGGAUACAAAUCAGCGUAUUACCCACGAAUUGCUCCAAUGAUAGGAGGGAAAAUGGUCUAGAUUUGCAGUGUAAUACAGUAGGUGACAUCUAUUAUAAUACGCAGACCAGCAGAGGCAUUCAACAGAUCCAGGCUUUUGAAAAGCGUCAGAUUUAUUGGAGAAAUAAUCAUCAAAUUCCAGCUGAUGAAAGCUUUAUGAAAGGAUUUCUCCUUCUGUCACUCAUCCUCACCUGAUGUUUCUGUUUCAUUUCACAUCAGAGACACUUUCCUGGUUUCUCACCGAGCAGAAGUGCUGAUCCGUGUGGGAGAAGAAGAUCGAAUAAAAUGUUCUUUCACCUCUUUCAGAUUCAGUCAAGGCUAAUCUACCCUUCUCUGUUCCUGCAGAGGAUAAAAUAAGAAAUAUGAGGCGAUACCUACGGUGUCACAUUUUGCUAAUACCUCUGAUUAUAACAGGUCGCCUUUAUGCAGAAAAUCACAGGAAGUGUCAGCUGUAAUUUCAACACGGAGCUCAAUUAAGUGAGUCUUUGGUGAUUGAAUUUAGUCUUAUCUUCGAUUCAUGACAGACAAUUAUAGAAAUUAAUUAAAAGACUCAUCGGUGUCACUCUGAGCUCAUUCUGAGACACACAGUAAGAACAUUUUAAUGAAGAAGAAACACAAAACUCUUAAUAAGGCUGAUUUAAUCCCAGUUCAGCAGCACUUCUUCUUCCUCUUCUUCUUCUCUACUCUCUCUCCUCUGCUUUUUGUAUCACACAUUGUUCCCACGGCGACGCUCUCGGCACUUGAGAAUGUUUUUUAUACAUGAAAAGACGUGAAUCCUGACGAUAACUUUCAUAUAUUCAACGUGUUUGCUGUCAUUUCGAGAAAAAACAAGUGCAUUCGCUGAAAAAGAGACUCACCUUUGAAUGACCUUUUUUUUGUAGCACCACAUUUAGCACCAGAAAGACUUCUUGUCCUGCUGAUUAUAUGCUUUGUCUGUCCUCUGAUAUUCUAGCCUUUACCUGCUGUCCCGGUGUAAAGCUAAGAGUUAGUCUAACUGCAGCAUGCUGACCUGUAGAUUGCUUGUGGGACGGCAGGCGUGAUGCUGAUCAAUAUUUAUAAUAAUAGUAAUAAUCAUAUGAAUUGCACUUUUCUGUACAGACGGCCUCCUGAGUCCAUCCUGACUCCUCCCUCCAUCGUUUGUUUCACUGCUGUCAGUCAUCAGGGGGGAACUUUUUAAUCCCUCACUGGUGUCAACAUGGGCUAAAUUAUAAUUCGAGGCUUUGGUUGAUCCAUAAAUUGAAGGAGAAGAUCAGAGGAGCAGCAGCUGAGAUGGACCCACAUGAGUUUCUUCUAAAAGAAAUCUGAUAUCAUGUCAACACUCACAGCAGGAUUAACCGAGUCUGUUACGAGGAAGGGAUGGUAAACAGGAAGCCUGUAUGUGUCUGCAGCUGCUGUUGAUUCUUCAGAAGAUGACACACCUUAAUCAUUAGAGUGCGAGCGUUCAGUUUCUCUCCUGGUCGUGUUAUUGAUUUAAGAUUUUGCACAGCCUGAACUUCUUAUAAAAACGCAACAGAAUUACUAUUUUGUCUUCGAGAAUCUCGUAAAUUUACAACUGUAUUCUUCUUGUUUUUGAUUUCUUAACUUUGUAACUUUAUUCUUGUAAAUUCACAGAUUUAUUUAUUUGUUAAUUUGCAGCUCUAUUCUCAUGAGUAACUUCUCACUCUUAAACUGACUCUAGUCAUUCGUGACUCUAGUCACACAUUCUGACUUUUUCUCCUCAUACAAUCACUGUCACUGUCACCGCAUACAGUGUUGUGUUUUUGGACAAACUAUGAGCUCAACCGCUUCAAUGUCAUGACGAAAAAAAUUUACUUUUUAUGACACCAGGAGAUCUGAACAGGUUUGAAAGUCAACUGUGAGGCUUCAUUAUGACCAACAAACCCCAAAUCUGACUUUUAGGGACACAGCUGAUAAUUUUAAUGUCGUUCUUUAUUCCUUUUUUUUCUUUUGUAAUUGAAGUUUUUAUUCAACUUUUAUAUAUUCAACAUUAUACAGAAGAUAUCCAACUUCAGCACGAACAAAACAACCAUAUUGAUCAGAAUGACACAUACCAAAAACAAAAUAGGCAUAUAUAUUCACACAGAGCCCAACCCAUAAACAUAACAGCACAUUGCUCAACACUAAAACAGUGUCUAUAACAGAAAAGGAAUAUAAGAUAAUAAACCUACAGUAUAUAUACACUCAUGUACCUGCACAUAUCUACAUACACGCAUAAGUCGUCAUCUCCUCACAUGUCAUAUGAUUCUUCAUUCCUGGAACUGCUGCAGGAGUUUAGGUGUCUGACAAACAUGCUAAAAAAACACAGCUCCCAGUUCCUGGUUUAACUGGUGGUGCAAGUCCACCGAUCUGAAACUGUCUCCCACAUUUUAAAGCUACAUUUACACCGGUCACAAGACAGAGAUUACUGAGGAGUUGGCUGAUCUGUCUUGUGUUUGGAACACUGACCUACUUUGUAAAAGUGAUGAAACCAGAAAAUCUGGCUCUUCUCAGCGGUUAAAAUUCCUAAUUUUGAUUUUAAAGUUUGAGAACAAAAGAAAUAUUCUCAUUUUGGCGUGUAUUUCCUCUCCAGAUGUUUAUUUCUGGACUGAAUAGUCUGUUGUUCACUGAAUGCAUCUGGUGGUGGACUCUUUCUGGUUUUGGAAACCCCCAGAAACAGCUCCGGGGUCAGGAUGGCUCAUGAGGCUGAAGUAGAUCAUUUUGGUAGUUUGAACUCGUGACUCAGGCAGGAGAAGUAUUGUUAAAGUCUAUAUUACUGCAGUUUCUUCUCUAAAAUAUGCAGACAAAAAUCAUUUUUUAUUUGAAGUGCAAAUUAUUCACCACCUCUUACCGAAUCAUUGUGUCUCCAUUCAGAUUGUGGAGCAGGUUUGGUUUGCAGUACGAUAAAUGUGAUUGGGGACUUUGUUGUGCCACAUAUUGGACGUGUAUUUUCAGAAAGUCAGGUGUGUUUGUAUCGAGUGAAACAGAAGUUUUUGUGUACUGAAAUGACAUCUCAGUGUGCUCAAAGGACCCUAAUGUUCAGGUAAAUACUUUCAUGUCAUAAAGAUGUUGUUGUUGGUCUCAUGGAGGCAUUUUCAGAGGGCUUUGUUUGUAUUUUCAAUCACCAAAUGUUGAUCGAAUCUAAUUUUCUCCACAGCUUGGUAAUCAUCGACUUUAACAAAACUUCAGGACACUGCCAUGAACGAGCGAUCACAUCUUCACGUUUGCUUCAUGAAUAAAUAAACCUUUAUAUUCUGGUACCAUGUAAAACCUUUUGGCAUCCUGCACAGACUUUUGUAAAGCUUCUCCUUUUUCUGUAAUGAAUGAAUAAUUCCAAUUAAACGACUUUUCAACAGAGACUAAAUCAAAG